AUGCCGCCACGCAUCCGGACGGUCGAAGGGUCUUGCUGGUCCUGCAAAGCGCGCCGAGUAAUCUGCGACCUAUCCCUCCCUGUCUGCACGAAAUGCGCCAAAACAAACCGGCGCUGCGACUACGGCGCCGUGCGUCUGAAAUGGACAGACUGCGUUGCUUCCCGCGGGAGAUUCGCAGGCCAGAAAGUCCCCUUGUACCAAGGCCCGACUCUGCAGAAAAAUAGCGAUCACCACAUGCUGUAUUUCGAAAACGAGCUCUUGCCGCGCUUCAACCUGACGAAUACCGUGCCGACGAUCGAUCUGAAGCUGCUGGAGAGCGACCCCGUGUUGCUGCAGAGCGUGGUGGCCGUCGCGCAUGCGCAUGCGGCGUCGAGGAGCGUGGGUUAUGAUGGGAAGGUGGUGAGCUUGCAGACGAUCCAGAGUCGGAACCGGGCGUUGCGGGUUUUCAGGGAGCAUCUGAUGGGCGCGCAUACGGAGGAGGUUCAUGGAAGCUUGUUCAUUGCUAAUGUUUUGCUAUGUAUUCUGGAUGGGUUUAUUGAACCUAGUGUUGAGGACUCUGCUACACAUCAUCAUUUGGUGGGGGGAAAGGCUAUUUUGAAACAGUGGACGGGUAUGAAGAGCGUCUUUCAGCUGAAGUACGAACUGCCGGUCCUGAUGCUGUCGAUCUUUUCUACCAUGGACCUCACUCACUCCGUCCUGAUGGGCGAUGAACCGUACUUUGAAGCAUCUUCCUGGGCAGACUUUGGGGAUUGUGAGGCGUGGUGGGGAAAUGUCAAGCCAGCUGAUGACUUCCUCGAGACCAUGUCGAUAAUAUCGCAACUUACCACGAUGGGCCAUAAAGUCCGUCAUGCCAAAGAGACAAUCGAGAUUGGCACAUUACUUACAAUUCAGAUGUCCCUGGAGCAACAAGCAGCUCGGCAGUUGGAAGCUAAAAACCCAGAAACGGCACCUUGGACAGCUUUCUGCUCGGUAUAUCGGUUUGCUGCUUCGGUAUAUCUAUAUAGAGCGCUCAGCGGUCUUGAUGUCGGCCAUCCUCUUGUCCAGCAAGUCGUGACCAGCUUUAUUGAGGUACUCAGUGGGACGGAUCUGACUGAAAAGCUCCACCACUGUAUUCUAUUUCCGCUGCUUUGUGUUGGAUCGCAUUGCUUCUUGCCGGAGCAGAGAACGCUGAUCCGGAAGAGUCUCGGAACGACAUCGCGUUACCUGUCCUUUGAGGGCCUAAGGUCUCUCGAGGCAUUCCUGGACAAGCAAUGGUCAAGACUGGACGAGAAUUCGGGGUCGUGGCAAGUAACCUGGUGGGAUUACUUUGGUGAUAUCGCACAUGCGAGCUGCUUGUUUUGA